AUGCGUUCAAAGACUUUAUCUACUCUGCAGAAAACAUACGAUGAAUGCUAUCUGAUGUGCUCGACAGCUGUGUUCUUCGAAGGCCAGCAUCAGCUGACAUCCCAGCGGUCGUUGCUGGACCAGAGCAAUGAGUCGGAAGCUCUUCGGUCAUGGCGCUCUGCCGUUGACACCAUCCACAACUCUCGAAUUCCCUCUACAUAUGUUCCCAGAACUGAAACCGAGAAGGUCCUGUACGAUUCGCUGAAGGAGCUGGAAAUGCAAUCCAAAGAGCGCAUCGAUUUGCUAAAUGCGCUGAGUGAAAGUCGUGAAGAGGCCGGCAUCAACCAGGAGGGCUGCUAUGAGCAGGCGGGACCCAGCAAUUCCCCGGGCGAGCAGGAAACCGGGAAGGUACACCUGAACACACCGGAAUCACCACCAAGCGGAUGUACCGCUUCCGGCUGGCUUGGAAAUGGUACAGUGCCAACUUUUACAUACUCGCAACUCUCGCGACCGCCUUCACGACCUCCUCCCCCUUCGCCGAAUAGGCGGCCGUCUAUACCUCAGCGAUAUAGCGGAGAAUCGAUAGCACGGCCAGGAUCGAGCGGGGAGGCUGCUUGUGGACCCCGUUUCUCUUCUUCUCCAUUCCCAUUGCUCCCUCCUCUCUUGUCUGUGCCAACCGUGAAUUCGCCAUUAAGAAACUCAAGUCCGGAAAAGAGGACUAUGUUGACAACUCUGCGCAGCAAGGAGCCUAAGAAGAGCGCCAAUUUGAAAGAUAAAGAUUCCGGCGAGCGGGCUGCCUCUCAACCUGCUCCAUCGGCAUCUAGAGCUGCGGGUUUGGCGUGGAGCUCUAUUGCCCGCUUUGGCAGAGAAAGCGCGGCUAUAUCCACUCCUAGGAGAAGUGCACCAAUAGAAUCGAGCUCACGGAGAGGAUAUUUCUCCAAUAUCGACCUGUCUCGGCAUACAAAAACAUCAUAUUUCCCAGACUACCUACACUCAUCCAGUUCAUCAACCUCUCAGUCCCAGUCUAGAAACCAUCACAACUCGAAUAUUGUUUCCAGUUCCCUAGCAACCGAUGCUGCAGCCACCGCCAUCCACAAUAAACCCUCCGAAUUAGAUCUCCUGAUUGACCUCUCUGACCCUUCUCCAGUCAGCCAUACGAUGACGAACGCAAAAAGGACAUCGCCCAAUACUUCUACGUCGUUCCUGUCUACAAGGCCAAAACAUCAACCGGAUUAUUUGUCACAAUUAGAUCCAUAUCUGGAACAGGGGCCUCCCUCUGGACAAGGCAAUACCCCUCCCCUUCAACGCAAUAAGCCAUGUUCAACUUCACAGCCACAGUUACUCAGGCAUCACUCAAGCGAAACUAGUUACACACCCUUGCAAACGCUCGCAACUAGCUCGGGGACACCUGUGGCCCAAAAUAGAGGCCGCAGGCCAUGUCUGUCGAAUUCCAGGCUACAGGCAGGCAAUGGUGAUGAUGCUUUGAACGGUGCGAUUAGUAGCAUGCGAAGUGGUAUGUCUAUAACACAAGGGAAGCCGACAGAGAGAGCGGGGGCGGAGUCCCAUUCUCAACCUAACGAUCGCUCAUUCCCCAAUGAAAGAGAUACGUCAGAUACCGCAGAUCGCAAUCGAAGCGUUGAAUACGUUAUGAACAAUCUCCCAAAGGGCAUUGAUGAGGGCGCUGCACGACAGAUCUUGAACGACGUUGUUGUUAAGGGAGAUGAAGUACACUGGGAUGAUGUUGCUGGGCUGGAAAUUGCUAAAAACGCCCUCAAAGAAGCGGUCGUAUAUCCAUUUCUACGGCCAGAUCUAUUCAGUGGACUCCGUGAACCUGCUAGGGGAAUGCUCCUCUUUGGGCCCCCAGGUACGGGGAAAACCAUGUUAGCGCGUGCUGUGGCAACAGAGUCGCAGUCAACCUUCUUCUCGGUAUCCGCAUCAAGCUUGACCUCAAAAUGGCACGGCGAGAGUGAGAAGCUUGUGCGUGCCCUUUUCGGCCUGGCAAAAUGCAUGGCGCCAUCUAUCAUAUUUGUUGACGAGAUUGACUCUUUACUCUCCGCACGGUCCGGGUCUGGUGAAGCGGAAGUGUCACGGCGCACUAAGACGGAGUUUCUCAUACAAUGGUCUGACUUGCAGCGGGCAGCGGCUGGGCGGGAGCAGUCAGAGAAAGAGAAAAGGGGUGGUGAUCCAAGUCGGGUGUUGGUGCUUGCUGCAACGAAUUUGCCGUGGGACAUUGAUGAGGCUGCCCGACGGAGGUUUGUGAGAAGGCAGUAUAUCCCCCUGCCAGAGCCUGAGGUGCGGAAGACGCAAAUCGAGCGUCUGUUGAGUCAUCAGAAGCAUGAGCUGUCGGCUGAGGAUAUCGAGGUUCUCGUUAAAGAUACUGAUGGUUUCUCCGGCUCCGAUAUAACCGCCCUAGCCAAAGACGCUGCCAUGGGCCCACUCCGCAACUUAGGUGAAGCGCUCCUGCAUACCCCCAUGGAUCAAAUCCGGGCCAUCCACCUCGAAGACUUCAAGGCAUCUCUGUGCUCUAUCAGGCCCAGCGUUAGCCGUGACGGUUUGAAGGAGCAUGAAGAUUGGGCGCGGGAGUUUGGUGAAAGGGGUGGCUGA